CCGCCGCUGCUGCUCCUGCUGCCGCCGCUGUUGCAACUUUGCGGCUGGCGCGCCCAGGACGCGGCGGGGGCGUGGGCCGAGCCGGGGCGAGCCGAGGACGGGGCAGCGCUGAGCUUCCAGCUGAGCAGCGAGCUGUCGCGGAAGGUCAGCCCGCUUUUCCUCUCGGUCACCCUCGACUCCAACCUGAUCACCGACCCCAAGUACAUCACCUUGCUCGGCUCUACAAAACUUCGCACAUUAGCAAGAGGCUUAUCUCCUGCAUUCUUGAGAUUUGGUGGCACCAAAGGAGACUUCUUGAUUUUUGAUCCUCAACAGAAGCCAACACCCGAGGAGAAGGUUUUUCAGGAUUUCCUUAGAAAACAAGCAACUGUGGACAUCUGUGGAUUCAGGUCAGCCCCUUUGGACUUCAUAGAGCAACUGCAGUCUCAGUGGCUUUUCCAGCAGAAGCUCAUCUUCAAGGAGCAGGAAAAGAAUAAGUAUAAAAACAUCACGUUUACACGAAGUACACUGGAUAUUUUAUACAAUUUUGCAAAUUGCAGUAAUUUGCAUCUGAUCUUUGGCCUCAAUGCCUUACUACGAAAAAGUGGUUCCCAAUGGGAUAGUUCAAAUGCUCAGCUGAUUUUGAAUUAUACUGAUUCCCAAAAUUACACCUUGUCUUGGGAACUUGGAAACGAGCCUAACAGCUUUUUGCAUAAGUCUGGAAUAGAAGUUAAUGGCUUUCAACUUGGUCAAGACUUCAUACAACUCCGGCAACUUCUGAACAAUUACGUCCACUACAAAAAUGCCAAAAUCUACGGCCCCGACUUAGGAAGGUCAAGUCGGAAGCACAGUAAGGUUUUGCUUAAAAGUUUUCUGAAGUCAGGAGGCAAAGUACUUGAUUCUGUCACAUGGCAUCAUUACUACAUUGAUGGACGUAUUGCCACAAGACACGAUUUCCUGAACCCAGAUAUACUGGAUAGCUUCAAGACCAAAGUAGAGGAAUUGUUUGAGAUCGUUAACAGCACAGUGCCAGACAAGAGCGUGUGGCUGGGAGAAACAAGUUCAGCCUUUGGAGGUGGAACUCCUAAUCUGUCUAAUGCAUAUAUUGCUGGUUUUAUGUGGCUGGACAAGCUUGGACUGUCAGCCCAACUGGGCAUUGAUUUAGUGAUGAGACAGGUUUUAUAUGGAGCAGGAAACUACCAACUGGUGGAUGCCAACUUUGAACCUUUGCCAGACUAUUGGCUAUCCCUGUUGUACAAGAAACUGGUAGGCACCACAGUUCUGCAUGUUACCAUAACAGGCUUACAUCCAGCGAAGCUUCGCGUGUAUCUUCACUGUACAAAUACGCACCACCCAAAGUACAGAGAGGGUGACGUCACUUUAUUUGCCUUAAAUCUCUACAACAGCACAAAACACCUGCACGUACCAGCUUACUUUGCCAAGAAGCAAAUAGAUGAAUACCUUUUACUACCUGAUGGAAAAGACGACUUACUUUCCCGGUCUGUUCAGCUGAAUGGCUAUCUCCUAAAAAUGCCAGAUGAUGAGACACUGCCCGUUUUCCAGGAAAAGCCUCUUAGUCCUGGGCAGAGCCUUAAGCUCCCAGCUUUCUCAUAUGGAUUUUAUGUAAUAAGAAAUGCCAAAGUAUUGGCUUGCAUUUAGUACAUUAAUACCCAUUUUCCAAAUCUGGAAGACUAAGGUUUUAUUGUGAUUUACUACUUCAGCCCAGAAACAAAGCUUUUUAGCUGCAUUUUUCCCCCAAGCACGUGAUCAUUUGUUCCCUUUUUGCAAGUUAGUAAACCUUUUUUAAUUAAAAAAAAAAUCCAUGCAACAAUUCAUAAACAUUUUGUAUGCACGAAAAGCCUAUACUUUCUUGUAAGCAAUUUUCCCUGCUUUUUUUUUAAAUUAAGGAAGUGCAUCACAUUUGGGGGGGGGGGAGAAACACACCAAAUCUUCCAGUUUGCAAAUUAUAAAUUAGGUUGGUUUGUAAUUGCCCUGAUCUUUAUUUCAGAUAAAGUAAAAUUUGGCACAGUCUCUCUCCAGAUAUUUUAAUGGCAGAAAGCAAGUGGGAAUAAAAGCAAAUCAUGUGUUUCAUGCUGUACUGCCAUUCAAGCUUUUCUUUGAAUUCUUUCAAAAAGGGUAUAAAGCACUUUAUUUCCUCUGUUGUUAUCUGAGGAAUGAAGACUAUGGUGUCAAACCAGGAAAUGGAUGGCAAAGGUAGAUUAUAGAACUGCUUUGAAUAAAUAAGAGAACAGGCCAGUCAAUGUUUGGGGAAAUCAACUGAGGACAGCCAGAAAGCUUGAGCUACCAUGUUCCAGACAGAACCAAAGUUAAUUAUUGUAAAUUUCUGUGAUUGAUCAGUCUCUGCUUUUGGUGGCUGGCCAUGCAGCGCCAAACAGAGCAUAGAGGUUCCAAUCUCAAAUCCUUGACUUUAAAGGCAAGGAAACAAAAGUAAUUUCUCAUGAUGGAUUCUUUCAGCUAAGGGUUUUCUUCAUUAAUUCAACUCAAUGGUCCAUGGGUAUGGCACAUUCAUUGGUCGUCAUGCUAGCUGUGCAAACCAGUCAUUGCCUUUGCUGAUCAGAAUAUGGGGCCUUGCACUCCAGAGGUUCUGGAUUCAAUCUCUGGCCUCUCUACGUAGCAUUGAGAAAAUAUUUGUGUUUGAAACCCUUGAGACUUCUGGCUGGUUAGUGGGGCAGACAGUGCUGAGUGAGAUGGACCAGUGGGCUGAUCUGACAGUUUCGAGUGUUUCUAGAUGUUUGUAUAAGGGUCUAUUUAUUUUCAUUUGACGCGUGCUCCCAUUAAGUCCUUUUUGAUUAUUUGUACAUUUUGAAAUAAAGUUUUUAUAUUGA